AAAUUAAAAAGUAAUUUUAAAAAAGUAUGAAAAUUGAUGAGGAGGGUUGUUUGUUACCAAGUGUUUUCUUGAGUCAAUUUCGUUAAAUUAUUACAUUCUUAAUGUUGUAAAGAUUUUAUUAUUCUGUUAUUAUCAUCGUACAAUAUCCUACAAAGUUACGAAAAGUGUUACAAUUUAUUCCCACUAAUAGAUGUCAAAUUUCUGUCCCGUCCUCAACACUUCGUGCAAAUGGAUGAUUCUGUGAUUUCCCCUGGACCUAAAAUGGUGGAUUCAGCUUCUGAGAGCGACUCCAGUUCGCUGGAUGGCGCCAUGCUGCCUCCGACCACGGUCUCUCGCGAUCAGUUGCAAAAAAGGAUUGAAUCUCUGCAACAACAAAACAGGGUCCUAAAAGUGGAAUUGGAUACUUACAAGCUUCGAGUGAAAUCCUUACAGGAAGAGAAUCGUGCUUUGAGACAGGCUUCAGUGUCAAUACAAGCCAAGGCUGAACAGGAAGAAGAAUACAUUUCCAAUACCUUACUGAAGAAGAUUCAAGCUCUCAAGAAAGAGAAAGAGACAUUAGCCCAUCAUUAUGAAAGAGAAGAAGAAUGCCUCACAAAUGAUCUCUCCAAAAAACUCAAUCAAUUACGUCAAGAGAAAUGCCGGCUCGAGCAGACCCUGGAGCAGGAGCAGGAGUGUCUGGUCAACAAACUCAUGAGGAAGAUUGAGAAACUCGAGGCUGAAACUCAUGCUAAGCAAACCAAUUUAGAAAGACUGCGCAGAGAAAAGGUGGAAUUGGAAAACACUCUAGAGCAAGAACAAGAGGCAUUGGUAAAUAGACUUUGGAAACGCAUGGAUAAGCUUGAGGCCGAGAAGCGCUCACUGCAAAUAAGACUGGACCAGCCCGUGUCGGACCCUGCUAGCCCUAGGGACAUCAGUAACGGUGAUACCGCAUCUAACCUAAGCAAUCACAUUCAAACACUACGCUCAGAAGUUGUAAAACUAAGAAACCAACUGGCCGUGUCCCAGAAUGAGAACAAGGAGAAGAUGCACCGCUUCGCCCUUGAAGAGAAACACAUUCGCGAGGAGAACCUGCGUCUACAGAGGAAACUGCAGCAGGAGGUGGAGCGCCGCGAGGCUUUGUGCCGACAUCUCUCUGAAAGUGAAUCAUCCCUGGAAAUGGAAGAGGAGAGACAGUUCAACGAGGCAAUCAAUGCGCGGUCCCGCAGCGUGUCGUCGCCGGGCGGGUCGCGGCCGCUGUCUCCGUACGCGCCCCGCCCCAACAUGCAUCUCACCACACAGCCGCGACGGCCAAGCGAGCGCUUCGUGAAGCCGGCCAUCCCGCCCGGCGUCGCGCCGCCACGGCCGCCGCUCGAGCCCAGCGCCGCGCCCGCGCUCCAGCAGCCUGCCAGCCCCAUGGACACCUCCUCCAAGGAAUAAACCAACACCCGAAGCUCAGAACACGCUCUGUCGCUAAACGCGGGAUCAGACGGUUCAUUCGAGUGAAUAUUCACUAUUGUUUGCACUUUUGUUUCAUUUUGAGUUCACACGUAUCAUUUCGAGUGAAAGAUGCCGAAUGAAAGACAAAAAUGAAUGAAAAAUUAACCGUCUGAUCCCGCCUAACUAAAUGUUAUGUUUGUUUUGUUAAAUUAGCUCAAAGCUAUCUCCGCGAACGUCCCACGUUGUGUUUUUUUAAGCUAUACUUUGUAAAAUAAAGUGUGAGUCCUAUGACAGCUGUCAAAAUCAUUACGUUCUAUUUGUCAUUUGUUCGUUUUCAAGGGAUAAAAAGCGUUAUUGACCUGGCAUAAGGAUCUGUCAAUCAAACGUUAUAAGGGUCAUACUGUAUUUUACAAAGUAUAACAUCUUUUUUUUUUCAAAUUAUAACUCUUGCGAAGAAACGUAACUGCGUUACUUUCUAUUGAAUCUGACGGUUGUUUUCAGCUAUACGUUUUAUGUAGCCAUAUUGAAAUUUAAUAUUGAAGAAAAGCACCGACCAUUAACUGCAAUAUUAUGGUUAUGUUUGAUCGUCUUUCGAACGCAUGUUGCAAUCGCUUUAUGCUUUCACGGUGCCGAAUAGGUUUAUAAACGUGCCGGUAUCAACUUUGUAUUCAUCGCUGGACUAAUGAGAAACAUGUUUUAUUAGGUGUUUUGAACACUACUCCACUCAUCUAUUAGCGUUCUUGGGGCUUGCCUAUACCUAUAAAAUAGCAUUAAAACUUAAGCGCAUACUAUGCACUCGAGAAAUCACGGUACAUAACCCGUGCUUUUUCGCUUUCAAAGGGGUAUUUAUAUAUAUUUAUGUAUAACAGUCUGUGUUCACAAAUCGUAAUUAUGCAGAUUUAUUAACGAAUUAUAAAGGUUUUCGGGGUUUAAAGAUUAACAUGCGCUUGCACAUAGAUUUAAAAUUAUAUGUGGUAGCAACUCUGUAUCGUACGUACUCCGUGCCAAGCAAUAUUGGACUGUCAGAGCGUGCUCGGCCGAUUCGCAAUAUUUAAUACACAUCACACUCACUGCCUUUGAUUCCUAUAAAUCUUACAAUGUACGGAUAAUUAAUAACAUACAUGUAACAAAGGUGUAAGCAAACGGUCACCGUUCAAUGGAUGUUAUUUAUUUAAAAUUGUGUCUACAGUUAGGUACAGUGCCCGAUUUUGCGUGUAUAGUGUAAGUUUGGGAGAUUGUAUGCGAUAAGCGAUAUUGUUGCAUUUUAUUAAAAAUCGGGUGGACGGUAGACACUAGACUCAAUUAAUCAACCUUUAGCUUGUAAUCAUGAUUCUAUUUUUGAUUGAAUGGUAAUUGAUAAUGUUUAACUAAUAAGCUUUGAAUUGACGGCAGUGGGUUUCAGAUGUGUCUUGGCUGUGUAAUAUUGUUCACCGAUUGUAAAUGAGGUGUGAGGAGAUGAAAAUAAGACAUUGUAAUUUAUUCGAUAUAUCACUUUGGGCCUAGCACUACUUCUUGAUCUUGGUACAUACCUAAUAUAUAUAUGUGUUGUUACAUAGUGCUCCAUAGAGCAGUGUGGAUCGAAUGCUGUUAAGCAAAGGAAGUAGUGAGUGAAUACUUUCAAAUUCAAUUCAAUUAUUUGCAUAUUUUCACUUACACAACACAUUAUCUAUAUUUUAUUUUUUUCAAUGUUAUAAAAGAAAAUAUUAAAGGCAUUAAGAAUUUA